AACAUCUCCAUUCAGUCUUGGAGAGCUAUUCCCAAGCCUGGUAUCUCAGUUAUCUUUUGAUGUAUUUUUGUUUUGAUUUAGGGUUCUGAGGCAGUGAGGCUUAGCGUAGUGGGUUUCUAGUAGAAUGGGCUCGGUGAGUGUAAAUCAUGAUGAGCUGAAUAGUAGAUCAGAGCAAUUGGGCAAGCGCACGAGUAGCAAGAGAAUUCUUGGUACCGCAUUGGCUUCUGUAUUGAUAGUCGGUGCCGUUAUCUUCCUCGCAGUUGGAGUUCAUGGGCAUGAUAAAGAGGGAGACAAAGGUGUGAGAACAAAUCGUUUGGGAUGGGGGAAUUCGACUUCAAAUGCAGUGAAAGAGGCGUGCAGCAGCACGCUUCAUCCAGAAUUGUGUGUCUCAAGUCUUUUAAGUUUUCGUGGGCUGUCCAGUCAAGCAGGUUCCAUGGAGAUCGUGAAUGCUGCUGUGAGUGUGGGCGUAUUAGCAGUCGAGAAAGUGAUAGCCCAUGCUCGCAGUCUUUAUAGCCCCGACCUUGACUUCAGGCAGCGCGGUGCUCUCCAGGACUGUAUGGAGAUGUUCGAUGACACGCUGGACCAGCUCAACGCCACGCUGUCAAAUCUGCACAACACAUCAUUUUGGUCCAUGCCGAAACACGCCGCUGAGCUGCAGACGCUGCUGAGUGCGGCCAUAACAAACCAGUACACGUGUCUCGAGGGCUUCCAACUCUGCAAAGGAAAUCUCAAGCACAUCUUGAAUGGUCCACUGAGUUACGUGUCGAAUUUGGUGAGCAAUUCUCUUGCCAUGGUUGGCCAUUUCUCUCCCCAACCAAAUCAAACUCUGGGCAGUGCAGAUUCCAUUUCCAAUCGGCGGCGCCGCCUGUUGUCAGAAGAUUUCAUUGCAUCUGACGAGGAGGGUUAUCCGUCGUGGAUGUCGGCGGAAGAUCGACGGCUUUUACGGGCUCCUGCACAUAGGAUGAGGAUUAAUGCUGUGGUUGCGGCGGACGGGAGCGGGCAUCAUAGCAGUAUUCAGGCGGCUGUGGAUGCAGCUCCUGAGAAGAGCAAGAGGAGAUAUGUGAUCCACAUUAAAGCAGGGAUGUAUCAGGAGAAUGUGGACAUUCCCAAGAAGAAGCCAAAUCUCAUGUUCAUUGGAGACGGCAAACACCUGACUGUCGUUACUAGCAGUCGAAACGUUCAUGAUGGCUACACAACUUUUCGUAGUGCAACUGUUGCUGUGACGGGGCAGAAAUUCAUCGCCCGCGACAUAACUUUCCAGAACACGGCAGGACCAGCCAAAAACCAGGCAGUGGCCCUUCGUGUGGGAUCAGAUUUCUCGGCAUUCUACAGGUGUAGUAUUAAGGGCUUCCAGGACACUCUUUAUGUCCACUCCCUUCGCCAAUUCUACCGCGAUUGUGACGUCCAUGGCACUGUAGACUUCAUCUUUGGCAAUGCCGCAGUGGUUCUUCAGAACUGUAAUCUCAUGGCACGUAGGCCCUCACCAAAGCAAAAAAUAGUGUACACAGCUCAAGGCAGAGAGGACCCAAAUCAGAACACGGGCAUAUCCAUACACAACUGCAGGCUCUUAGCAGACCCUGAGUUUCUUGCUGUGAAGAGAUCGUUCCAGGCUUUUCUGGGAAGGCCAUGGAGGAAGUAUUCUCGUACUGUAAUAAUUCAGUCUUACCUGGGCGAUUUGAUUCAGCCCGCCGGUUGGUAUGAAUGGGCCGGAAACUUUGCAUUGGAUACGCUCUAUUAUGGAGAAUACAAGAAUUAUGGCCCCGGUGCUGGUACUGCAAAUAGAGUAAAAUGGCGGGGCCACCAUGUGAUCAGGACAUCAGGGGAAGCAAGCCGGUUUACUGUGGGUCAAUUCAUACAAGGAAAUUCGUGGUUGCCAUCUACAGGUGUUCAGUAUUCUUCAGGUCUUAUAUAGUUAACGGCAACGUAAGAAAUGGUGUGUAGAAGUUAUAAGAAGUCUGUGUUUUCAUUUGUUUUGCUACUUUGAUAGCAUGUCCAGAGGUUAGUGUUUGACCAUACUUUAAGUAUCGUAUAAUUGGUUUUGCUUGGUUUCUUUUUCCGUUUAUGGACAGUUUAAUCUGGUUCUGGAGAAGGGAUGGAUGACCAAUUUCCAUAAAUAAUUUCAUUGCUCUUUUCUGAA